GGACGGCGGGGAUCCGUUUCUGGAUGAUAGAUAGGAUGAGGGUCCUUGUCUAUACGGUUCCUGUAUAUCUAUCUAUCUCUGUCCACGGAAUGGAUGUUGGAUAUCAGUAGUUAGGUAAGGUAAGAUAUAGCAAGGAAUGUCCAAAUACACACCAACUCAACCCCAGUCUCCCAAUCACAACCCUUUCGGAGCUGAGCUCCGGCUUUACUUCACAAGUCUAACAGCCCUAGCCGCAGCUCCACGUAAUCAAAACAAUAGACCUGCUACCAAUGAUCCAGCAUCCCAACAUGAUAUCUAUAUCUCCAACCCCUCACGCUCCCAGAACCUUAGCACCUUCUCUCUCCCCUCCAACUUUCUCCAUCAACUUCACAUCACAUCACAUCACAUCACAUCACAUCACAUCACAUCACAUCACAUCACAUCACAUCCACCCUCCUCCAAUCCUCUCAUCCCUCCUCCUCUAACCCGCACCCCAAAAAAAAACAAACCCCAAAAUCCCAUCUCCUCAUCACCACACGCCGCAAUCUCAUCUCAUAUCAUAACCUUAUCUCUCCCACCCCCUCGCACACCUACCCACCUACCUACCUACCUAACCUAUAUCCAGACCUCCGUCCGUCAGCCGUCAGCCAUCAAGUGACCAAACCCCGUACCGUCCCAACCCAAACACCACGCUGACUGCAGCAAGCAGCAAGCAGCAAUCGCACUCGCACUACGACAGCACUACCCCGUAUAUUGAUCUUGUGCUUCACGCGCUGGCUGGCUUGCUGAUAGCGUCAUCCGAUCGCGCGCUCGCUGACUGCAGAUGGCUGGGGUACGGUAAUAUGAUCAUCGAUUCGGGGAAUCGGCCCGGGGGGGGGCUUCCUAUUUCUUGUUUG